AUUUAAACUUUAAAUCUAAAAAGGUUUUCAACUUAUAGUAAAAAAUUUGAUUUUUACAUCCAAAAAUAAAUUUGGCUUCCCCUCUUCAUCAAAGCUACAACUACUUACAUGCACGGAAAUCUGUAAUAAAGUUUGGAAAAUUUACGGAAACUUGAAGUGACAACAGGUGACGAAGUAUUUUGUCGGUUGAGCAGUUAGGAAGUACCUUUUUUUAAUUUUUGUUUUCUGAGUACUAAACUACAAAUAUAAAAUAUGAAAAAGCAUUUAUAUUCAGGAAAAGACGUAGAUUUUUUAUAUUUAAAUAAAUAUUCAUUAUAGUAAAGUUAUUUGGUUGAAUAAAAAAAGUUUGAAAAUAAUUUUAAUCAUAAUGGCUUUUUAUUUUAUCGGAUCAUGCGCAUUUUUUUGCUUUGUUAACAAAUCAAUUGGGUUAAUAUUGAAACAUAAGAAUUUAACAACUGUUAAAAAUGAUCGGCUAGUGAGAAACACUAUUUGUUCACUUAUCCAUUCCAUUAUUUCGUCGAUUGGAACCGUUUUAUGCUAUGUUGAAACGCCAACACUCUCUCAAAACUUUAUAAACACUUCAUCAAAACUUGCACACAUAUUACUGCUGUUCUCUUCAGGUUACUUCCUAUAUGAUAUAGGAGAUAUGAUAAUGUAUGAUGGUGGUAACCAAUUAGUUGUCAUUGCACACCAUGCACUGGCAAUUAUGUUCUAUGCAACUUGCAUGAAAAAUAACCAUUGCAUUGGGUUUGCUGUGUUUUCCCUUGUUGCAGAGUAUAGCAGUGUAUUUAUACACAUUCGCCGUUUGUUAAUUAUCGCAAACAUGCGAAAUUCUCACAUCUAUACGACGAUAAAGUAUUGUCUUAUUAUAUCCGUGUUAGUGUGUCGCGUUGGCGGCUGCCUAUGGAUGUGGAAACACUUAAUUUAUAAUUCAAACAAUUCGAUUAGCAAACAUAAUUUGCUUAUUGGGGUUCUUGCGUUACUCUAUAUUACACCAAUGAACAUAGGAAUGAUGCGACGUUUGUGGACUGUUGAUUUUCGCUCUCAGAGAAAAAAGACUUUAAACAAAAAAUUUUAGUUGAUUUUUAUUCAGCUUUUAUUUUAGCGCAAUAACUUAAAGGAUAAAUUAUUAUUUACUGAAAUAAUUUGUAAUUUAAGUUAUUUUACAUUUUUACUAAAGUACUCAUAAAAAUA